CUUGGAGCACUCCAUUAGCCGUCAGUCGAACAUAUUCCAUCCAAUCGCAUAGUCAAUUCGAAUACUAUAGCGAUAACCUUUUAAACGCUGGAAAUACAUAGCUAAGAUCUCCAUGCCUGGCCCGAAUCGCCUCGUCUCGCAUCAUCGGUAUCUUCGCAAGGUAGACCAACAAUGAGCGCUUCGAAAGACGCCAAUAGCCCCAUCAACAGGGCCCAUGCCCUCUCGGCGAAAGCUUCGCAGACCGCUCAAAUCUCGGGAACUGCCGAGAAUCUUUCUAAAGCUUCCGAGCUGUAUGGAGAGGCUGCCGAUCUCUUUGAACAGGUCAAGAAGGACGCUUCGGAUUCUGGUGCUGUGGCAACCCUGACCCUGUUAGCUGCUCAAAACCGGAAAAAGGCCAAGGAUCUAGCUCGGAGAGCUACAAUCGCUCGAAAUCCCAAAGCUUCAACAGCUGCAAUAUCGAAGGAACCGGAUGUGCCUACCCACGAUAGGCAAAGGAGGAGGAGAAUGGGAGGUCCGACGGAACCAUCGCCACAAGCGGCAGCGCCCGUGCAUACUUUCUCCCCGGCGCUCCCGUUCGCGAGACCCAUACCAAUAAUCUCGGCUGCCAUGGCGGCUUCCUCGGGUCAGAUGCACAAGCCAGCUUCGUCUUCGGGUUCGAAUCCCGCAUACACCGAAUCGAAGUUGAAAGAAAGGCCCAGCGUCAGCGAAUUGGGGCUGGCUAGUGGGGAUUCGUUUGUCAAAUUUGGACACCCGCUGGAGUCUUCCGACCCUUUCGCGAGAUUUUGGGCGGUCUUGGAAACGGCUUUUGACCAAAUGUCGAACCCCGUCGCGUUCGCCGCAGCACCUCUCGAUGUCCAGCGCGUCGGCAAAAAAGCGAAAGGUAAAGGCAGAGAAGACGAGCCUGUCGCCAGCGUUCCCGAGCCUACCUCGCCCUCAAGCGCAGACUCGUUCGAGGUGAUCCACAAGAAACCUAUCGGUGCAAAGACCCCGGAAGAGCUGGCCCUUGAAAACGAACACCUCCGAGCCAGCCUGGACGCCUUGUCAAAACACACCAUGCAGGUAGAACAAGCGCUCAAACGCGUCAAGGACCGGGAAGGGAUGAUGAAGAGCGUCGUAUUGGGCGUCAAGGCUGAAGCUCAGAAGGUCAUGCAGAGUCAGGAACUUUAUAGAAGCGCGAUGAUGCCUUCGUCCAGGUUGGGGGUGGGUGCGGGCGUGGGUGGAGCGGCUUUGGGCAGACCGGCGGAUUCGGCGCAGAGAAGGAUUGUCGAUCUGGAAGAGCAGGUCAAAUUCUUGCAAGCCGAGAACGAAAGGGCGCGUUCUCAUUUGCAAAAAUACAAGGACAGAUUCGAGAAACUCAAGACGUCGGCUCGCGCGAAAAAGGAGGCCAAGUUGAUGGCAGAGGGAGGUCAUUUGGCUACGCUUGGCGAAGAAGACGGGGAAUAGGAUGGUGGUCUGAAGCCAGCGCUGUUUCUCCACAACUUUCUCUCGCGUUGGUGGAACGGACAGCUCGCACGAAUGUUGUUCCGUUUCCCAGUGAAUUCGUUUCAUGAGGACAGCACGUGUUGACACAAGCGGAAUCACAAGGGAAAGGACUCAGCGUUACCGGACCGGGGCCAUCGCGAAACGUCGAAGAGACUCCUUU